AAAACUCAUAAAAUAAAUAUGAACCUUGCGUAGUUACGUCCAAUUAAUUUCUUUUGGUUGACUGCCAUUACAGACUUACAGAGUGUUCCACUUCAUUAAUACAUGGGAUAAGGUAGUGGGACUCCUCAUGUCUCUCUAGCUUCAGACGCCCACAAUGAACUGCCAAUAAUUCCAGAGUUUUUUAUUCCUAAAAUUUCAUAUACUAACUGCGUUUCUUUUGCUUCUAUUUACUAUCUGAUUUCUUCUGAAAAAAACACAUCCCAAAUUUUACUCCAAGGUACGCACUCACUUCUGUGAUUGGAAAAUGGUGCAGAGCAACUGUUUGAUUGGGAUGUACAGUAGAACUCAUAGUGCAUUCACUGAUUGUUCUUUUGCUUUACUCCAAAACUUUUAUUUUGAUUAUAGUGAUUUGGAGUUCAAUUGGUUUCCCAUAAUGUAUUAAUCUAAUCAUAUUCGCGUUUUGAAUCUCCUACGCAGCUUUGCUUUAGAAAAACAUCAAAUUCCUCUGGUGAACUCAGAAUCAGCUUUGAAAGCUCCAAUGAUUCCUUUUGAGUUCCUUGACUGUCAUUCAAAGGUAAUACUUUUUUGGCCUAAAGCAUCAAACUUAGCCUUAACAAACACAUUAUGCCCUUAUUUCACCUUCCGCCAAGUGUGUGGUUUUUAAUCAAAAAUCCUUUUUUAACUUUACAAUGUUUAAAGAGGAGGCACGUAAUGACAAACGAAACAAUAUGCAGAAGUAGACAAUAGGGAUAAUUUUCUCUGAAGUUUAUUAUGAUGGCUGCUCUUGUUUACUGGUUUACCCAUUCAAGCCCAGACAUCUCAGUUCUGAUGUUGAUCGCAUUUAUCUCUAUUACUCCGAUCCCAGACACUCUAAAUCAUCUGUAACAAGUGAUAUGUCUGAUCUCGCCAUCCUGUUAUCUUCAUCACUAACUUGCAUGGGUUAAACAGUUCUUUAUAUAGCUUUGGUUAAGCUGAUUUGGUUCCGAAUAUAUUUUUUUAUGAUCAAACUGCGUCCAUUUUGCAUUUUCCAGAGAGGUGUAGGGGAAGCUGAAACAUUCUUUCCUGCCAUUAAUCCGAAGCUAAUUCAUUUCGAUGAUAUAUACUCAUUGACCAAAGGUGGUUUUGUGAGUAUAGAGGAGGACCAUUCAGCUGAUUCGUGUAGAGGAAGGAAGCAUUACCGUCCAGGUGAAUGUGGGUUAGAAGAGCAGGAAAGGAGCAGCAAGCAGAGUGCAGCUUAUAAGGAGGAGGAGGAUUUAUCAGAGAUGUUUGAUAAGGUUUUGAUGUGUACUGAUGAUAAUGCCAAUGGUCCAUCUGGAGCUUGCAAACAACGACAGAAAGAGCGAAAUGGUCGCAAGAUUCGUUCAAAUAAACGAGGAAAUGGUAAUGAAAUUGUUGAUCUCCAGUCUCUUUUGAUUAGUUGCGCAAAAUCUGUUGCUGCUGGUGAUUACGGGGCUGCAUUAGAGCAACUAAAGAGGGUCAGGCAGCACUCUUCACCUGUAGGUGAUGCAAACCAACGGGUGGCACAUGCAUUUGCUGAUGGUCUUGAGGCCCGGAUAGCUGGAACUGGGGCACAACUUUAUCCUUCAUCAUUGUAUCAAAAUAAGAUCCUAAUUUCCGAAAUGCAAAAAUCCCAUUUGUCAUCAUCCUUGCCAUUUAUGAGGAUAUUAAUAUUCUUUGCAAAUAAAAUGAUUUACAAAGUAGCGUCAAGAGGAGCAUCACUGCACGUUAUAGAUUUUGGUAUUCUGCAUGGCAUCCAAUGGCCCACUCUUAUUCGAGAUCUUUCACAAAGACCCGGUGGCCCUCCAAAACUCCGAAUAACUGGGAUUGAGCUUCCCCAACCUGGUUUUCGUCCAUCCCAAAUGAUAGCGGACACUGGUUGUCGUUUGGCUAAAUAUUGUGAGCGUUUUGGAGUACCAUUUGAAUACAACCCCAUAACAGCAAAGAGGUGGGAGGCAAUUAAGAUUGAUGACUUGAAGCUCACGAAGGGUGAGGUGGUUGCUGUUAACUGUACUGCUCGACUAAAAAUCCUACUAGACGAGACCGUAUGUGGUGCAGACAGCCCCAGGGACAUUGUUUUAAACUUCAUCCAGGAAGUAAACCCUCAUAUUUUUGUGCAUUCUGUGCUUAGUGCAUCUCACAACUCUCCUUUCUUUCUCAAUCGGUUCCGAGAGGCUCUCUUCUUCUACACUGCUAUCUUUGAUAUGCUUGAAGCUAUUUUCCCAAGCAAUGAUAGUCAAAGGUUGAACUUCGAACAAGCAUUUAUGGGGUCUUCAAUAGCAAAUAUUGUAGCAUGCGAGGGAAAGGAAAGGUUAGAGAGGCCUGAAACAUACAAGCAGUGGCAAAGUCGCACUAUGAGGGCUGGAUUCAAGCCUGUGCCCCUGAACCCUAAACUUUUGAAGAAGUUAAAAGACAAGGCACAGGAAGCAUAUCACAAAGACUUUCAGUUUGGUGAAGAUGGUCAUUGGGUGCUGCAGGGGUGGAAAGGCAGGAUUAUUUCCGGCAGCUCUGCCUGGGUAACUCAAAACCUCUGAUUCUACAGUAUGUAGGUAGACAAACUUUGCAUUUAUGAAACUUUGCUGCUAAGUAGCAUGGAAACUUCUUCUCAGAGCUCAUAUCUACCAAUUUGGUAACUCAGAAACCCUGAAUUCCUAUUUGCGGACUGUUUCCCUAUUAGUUAUGGUCUUGGGUUUUCAUUUUUUUUCUUUUUGAUAGAAUUUCUUUAUGAUUGGGUCUCUGUGAUACUUCAUAGCGUGAUGCAUUACUAGAAAGGUAAUUCCUGUAGAGCCAUAGAAGAUGGAGGUAAUGAAAUGAAAGGAAAAAACAGUAAGAAGAUCAUAAAUAUUGAAGUGCAUGUUUCAAUUAACAUCACAGGAAAGGGUAAAUGGAUACCUACAAUGGCAAUAUGGUAUCAAUGGAUAGCUACUGACCCCUUUUCAACUAUGCAAUAAAAAUGGAAUGGGUAUGUUAUCAACUGGGUCAUUGUGAGGGGAAAAGGCUGCAGUUCUGGACAACAAUGGCUACUUAAAGUAGUUCUGCCAGGAAUACAUGUUGGUAAAAAAAACAUGGAUCAAUAACGAAAUACCUGAAGCCCUGAACCAUUGAUAUUAUUAUUACAUUAAUCCAGGCAAAAAUAAAUCGAAAUCGAAAGUGCAUGUAACAUAACCGUACUGAGUUGAUUUUACUGAAUCAAAGCAAAACUCAUGCAAAUGCAAUUUGUAGUUUUAAAUCCCAGGUUUGUUUCCCCUUCAAUUUGCAAAGCUUACCCAUCCUUGCACAUCACAAACCGCAAAAUGUAUUAAAAAAAUACAACAAAUACUCAAUAAUUUAGUUAAGUUAGUUAAGUGAAUAGAAAAGGGUAUCCGAAAUCAAAACCCUAACCAAAAAUAAUGGCAAAGCUCAAUCGAGAUGAGAGGUGACAUUGCGUACCUUUCUUGGCAUGGAGUUUUGUAUCACUUAAAAUUAGGAAAAUCAAAUUUAUUGAUUGUAUCACAAAUUUCCCAAAUAUUCAAGUAGUGUCUAAUAUAAUCAUUCUAUUGUUCUGGUUUUCUGUAGUAGGGCGUAUAUAUCGGUUUUCAGUUCGGUUUUUAUCAGAUUCGAUUCGAUUUAAAACGGGUCAGAAGAACUAUUACCAAACAAAAAUCAUUCUAUUUUUCGGUUUGAUUCGAUUCGGUUUAGUUCAGUUUGGAUUUGUUAUUUUUAAUAAAUAUAUGAAGGUUUUAUUAAAUUUCUUUAGUUCGGCUUGAUUUUGUACAAUUUUUAUCCGUUUUAAUUCGGUUUGGAAGAAAUACUAUCAAACUCAAAUCAAAUUUCAUAUGAUCCGGUUUCAAUUUGGUUUAAUUGGGUUUGGCACUGAUUAAACCAAAUCAAUACUCCGUAUGUCUAAUUGUCUAGGCCGGUAUGAAAUUGUAGUUUCUCUAUUUGCCCAAAUUGGGAUCAAACUUUAGCAGUAAGUUUUUUUCCGCCGAGAAAAGUUAAUAGUAUAGGCGGCCGGAUAGUUUAUAUUGGAGGCACCGGCUUUGAAUGUAGAAAUAUGGAGAAAGGGUUUUACUGCGUAUUUUGACGAGCCUCUCAUACCUAAAAUAUGUCCAUAUCUAAUUAAUUUUCUUGAGGUGGUGAUAGUUGAAUUAUCUUGUCAAAAUUUUAAAAUACACCCCUAUUAGUUUUUGUUUAUUAGCUGAAAUGGUUGAACUGUUUGAACUAUGCACCGUAAAUCAAAGUCUGCUCCAGGGUUCGAAUCACCAUGAUUAUGUUGGGUGUAAUUCACUGUCACAAACGGAUGAUUUCUUUUUCAAUUAUGUGGGUGUAAAUUUUUACACUUUUCAUAUUUAGUCCACUCGCGACUUCUCUUCCCUGCGGACGACUCUAGGUUUUUGCCUAGUUAGUGUCUACCGGCGGUGGCGGUACGGCCAUUUCUGUCCGGAGGUUUCAUGUCUUGGUGCGUAUCGUCUUUGUUUCAAUCGGUGACAUAUCUGGCUCUCUUCUAUUUCCGGAUUUGGAGAGGAGGUGAAGGGUGAGACCUGGAUUUAAUUCGGUGAUGCGGCUUCGAUUGAGAUCCAGUGAUAGCGGCGGCGGAUCCGACUUGGUCGGGGCUAGGGCAAUCGGGCAGCAGCGCGGUGCGGCUCAAUUGGACUGUGACUCCAUUGUUCUCAAGGAAGGAUGAUCAUCAUAAGCUGGAAUUGCAGGGGGGAGAUUCGGGAUCGGAAAAAUUCAGGGCCAAUGGCAGUAAUCGCAUACGGGCGAAAGAAGACGAAGGGAAGUAGAUGUGUCCCCCUCCUGAACCGCCGCCAUGGAGGAAUUAUAAGGAAGGAUGCUGGAUCUUGCUCGUGGUGAUCAAGUUCAGGCAUAAAUUACACGUUUUUAUUUAUUUUAUUUGGUUGUUGUUUACCAAGAACAUGGUUGUUCCUUUUCCGUUGUUUUUUGCUUUUGAACUCUUACAUUAGGUGGG